AACGCGUUGUAACUAUCUCAUGCUUGUAUACUGUGCCAAGCUGUGAACAUAAAGCUUCGUGCCUUAAAUUGUAGCCAGGUGAAUCUAGUUUGGGUGAUUUGAGUGCGGCCGAGGGUGGGUAACUCCCCAACCGUCAGAGCUGUGUGUAAGGUUAGAGAGCGAAUUAGGAGCUAAUGCUGCUCAGCUGCGUGGUGCUGCUCGGGUGCUGAGGGGCCAGCGGACACGUGCGUCAGUUAAGCCUGCAGGAGAAUGGCGGACGAAGCAAGAGGGGCAGAGCUUCUGAGCUCCUGUCUGUGGAAGUUUGAGAGUCUUUUGGCCUUCUGGUUUCAUCUCUGCUUGCACAGCAGCACACGAGGUAUGAACACAAGCAAGAGUGAGACAGUGAAAGAGCAUCCAUUAAAACCCUCCAGAAGAUCUAUGCCAUGCCUUGCCCAGAGCCAAACACAUCCUCAGAGUCUGAGCAAGCAUUCAUCAUUUCUGCAGCCAAGCCGUGUGCAGCCACAGCCCCGGCCUCAGCCUCUAAGUGCAGGGACAUCUACAGCUACAGUGGAUGUAGUGUCAGAACGAGCUAAAGUGGUGGAGACUUUGGAAAACAACUUGAUGAAGCUGUCUAAUACAGAAUACAGUGAUCCAUUUUUAGGAAAGGACAAAGACACAUACACAGAUGAUUCAGAACACGGCAAUUAUGAUGCUCGUACAGAUCAGUCCCGGCUCAUACAGAACAAGCUUACCAGGCAGAAAACAGAGCCUCGGACCAAGUCAUCUUUAAAGGCCAGUGCCAUGGCGUCGUCAGGCCUCUUCUUCAAAGACGGCAAGAAACGCAUUGAUUACAUCUUGGUCUACAAAAAGUCCAGUCCACAGGUAGAAAAAAGAAGCACAUUUGAGAAGAAUUUGAGAGCAGAAGGGUUGAUGUUAGAACGAGAGCCAGCUGUUACGAACAGUGAUAUCAUGUUUGUUAAAAUUCACUGCCCAUGGGAGACCCUGUGCAAGUAUGCAGAAAGGAUGAACAUCAGGAUGCCUUUCAGGAAAAAAUGUUAUUACACUGACUGGAGGAGCAAAACCAUGGGCAGUUUGCAGAGGAACAUGAGAGAGCUGAAAAGUUGGUUGCCCAGAAACCCAAUGAAGCUCGAUAAGGAGGCCCUACCUGAUCUGGAAGAAACAGAUUGCUACACAGCACCCUUUAGCCGAGCACGUAUCCACCAUUUUACCAUAAACAACAAGGACAGCUUCUUCAGCAAUUCCACCAGAAGUAGAAUUGUGCAUCACAUGCUGCAGAGAACCAAGUAUGAAGAUGGAAAAUCCAAAAUGGGCAUUAAUAGGCUACUAAACAAUGGAACCUAUGAGGCAGCAUUUCCACCACAUGAGGGAAGCCACAAGAGCAGGCAUCCCAUCAAAACACACGGAGCUCAGAAUCACAGACACCUCUUAUACGAGCGCUGGGCACGCUGGGGAAUGUGGUACAAAUACCAACCUCUUGAUUUAAUCAGGCGAUAUUUUGGAGAGAAGAUUGGACUGUAUUUUGCCUGGUUGGGUUGGUACACUGGAAUGCUUAUUCCUGCUGCACUGGUUGGGCUCUUUGUUUUCCUUUAUGGAUUAUUUACAAUGGAUUCCAGCCAAGUAAGCAAAGAGAUCUGCGAGGCAAAUGACACCAUCAUGUGCCCUAUGUGUGAACGCAAUUGCACGCUGCAAAAACUCAACGAGAGCUGCAUAUAUGCCAAGGUUACACAUCUAUUUGACAAUGGAGGGACUGUCUUCUUUGCUAUCUUCAUGGCAAUUUGGGCUACAGUCUUCCUGGAGUUUUGGAAGAGGCGGAGAGCUGUAUUAACAUAUGACUGGGACUUGAUAGACUGGGAAGAUGAAGAGGAAGAGCUACGGCCCCAGUUUGAAGCUAAAUAUUCCCAAGUGGAGAGAGUAAAUCCCAUCACAGGAAAACCAGAACCUUUUCAGCCUUUCCCUGACAAGCUCAGUCGACUGAUGGUGUCUGUCUCAGGAAUAUUCUUCAUGAUCUCCCUGGUCCUCACGGCGGUGUUUGCAGUCGUGGUGUACCGCCUGGUAGCCAUGGAGCAGUUUGCCUCUUUCAAGUGGUAUUUCAUCAAGAAGUAUUGGCAGUUUGCAACGUCUGGCACUGGAGUCUGUAUCAAUUUUAUGAUCAUCAUGUCACUCAACGUGGUGUAUGAGAAGGUUGCCUAUCUCCUGACAGACUUAGAGCACCCUAGAACAGAAUCUGAAUGGGAAAACAGCUUUGCCCUGAAAAUGUUCCUCUUCCAGUUUGUCAACUUGAACAGCUCCAUCUUCUACAUUGCCUUUUUUCUUGGCAGAUUUGCAGGCCGCCCAGGAAAGUACAACAAGCUUUUUAAUAGAUGGAGACUGGAAGAGUGUCAUCCCAGUGGCUGCUUGAUAGAUCUGUGCUUGCAGAUGGGAGUUAUUAUGGUCUUAAAACAAAUGUGGAACAACUUCAUGGAACUGGGCUACCCCUUAUUACAGAAUUGGUGGGCACGGCGCAAAAUGAAGAGAGGAGGGCAACUGAUGGAGCAAAAGAUUUCUCUGCCUCAGUGGGAAAAAGAUUGGAAUCUGCAGCCAAUGAAUCUCCACGGUUUAAUGGACGAAUAUUUGGAGAUGGUUUUGCAGUUUGGCUUUACCACCAUUUUCGUUGCUGCCUUCCCACUGGCACCUCUCCUGGCGCUGCUCAACAACAUCAUAGAGAUAAGGUUAGACGCGUACAAGUUUGUCACGCAGUGGCGAAGACCCAUGCCUGCAAGAGCAACAGAUAUAGGUAUCUGGUAUGGGAUUCUGGAAGGGAUUGGAGUUCUGGCUGUCAUCACCAAUGCCUUUGUUAUUGCCAUUACUUCUGAUUACAUUCCACGUUUUGUCUAUGCAUACAAAUAUGGUCCUUGUACAGACCAAGGUUACAGACAAGAAAAAUGCUUAAAAGGAUAUGUCAACAGCAGCUUAUCAGUGUUUGAUCUGAGUGAACUUGGGAUGGGAUACUCAGGUUACUGCCGGUAUAGAGAUUACAGAGCCCCACCGUGGAGCUCAACUCCAUAUGAAUUCACUUUGCAGUUCUGGCACGUCCUGGCAGCACGGCUGGCCUUCAUCAUUGUGUUUGAGCACCUUGUAUUUGGAAUAAAGUCUUUCAUUGCCUACCUGAUUCCAGACAUGCCCAAAGACUUGUGCGACAGAAUGAGGAGAGAGAAAUACCUAGUGCAGGAAAUGAUGUAUGAGGCUGAACUGGAGCAUUUGCAGAGAGAAAGGAAAAAGAAUGGGAAGCAGUAUCACCAUGAAUGGCCUUAGUCACUACCAUGCUGCAACUGAAAACACUCUCUGGAAAUCGAAGAGUACAGUUACAAAGCGAAGCCAGAGCCUGGCGUCGGCGUGUUGGACUCACGGUGUAUAUAUGUUCUUGCUUGGCAGUGCAGCUGCAGGCUUUGGUGGGAACUGGAGGAUAGAAGCUUCCAAUGAAGAAAAUGAAAAGCCUUACUUGUAACUGGUAUGUGGUGAGCACCAAGGAGCACUGGCACUCAGGAAUGUGCAGAUGGAAAAUUCGGACGCUCUGGCUUGUAAAAAGGCAAUGAAUUUCCCUGCUGUUUGUGAAGACACUGACAGCAUAAAGAAAAUCAAAUGUUACCUGUGAACUUAUACAGUAAGGGCAUGACUAAACCCAACUUCUGUGCUAGCCACUACUACUACUACAGCUUCUGAUUGCUCAGCUCCAUCUGUAAUGCCUCUGAAGAAAAGAGCAAUUGUUGCCUUUGUGGACAUAACUUGAUUUAAAUGAUCUUUCAGGCUUACUGUUUCGUCAGGUUUGUCCUAGUCUCUCGUUGAGAUUGUGGAUGUGGUCCUACCCUAAAAAUGGGGUCUAUGGCUGCUUAAUAUAUACUAUGCAGUUUAAGAUUUGCACAUCAGCAUCAUUCAUUUCUCCUUCUAGUUGAAAACCAAAAAUUGUAAAUUCAAAGAGAAAGCAGCAACACUAAGAGAACGCAUCACAGUGCCCACAUUGCAGCUAGGUUGGAAAAUGACCUGCCUGUCGAGUUGCCUCUCCACUUUGGUGUGCAGAAAGGCCACCUCCACACGCUUCCAGGAAGAAAGAGCUGUCAUUUUCAUGCUCUGAUGUAGCAUGCAGAUGUCUUAACUGUGUUACAGUUCCCUUUGACCUGUCUGGGCAAUGAUUCCAUGACUUCACAGAAUGCUAACUUGAAAUAUUCUCAUGCAGUGACUUUGUCCUAGAUAUACAAUUAACUCUAUAGUAUGCAAGCUUCUGCAGAUAUAUAUAUAUCAGACAUCCAGUAUAGCAUUGUGACUUGCUCGUUCAGGGAAGGAGAAGCAGAGCACUUUAUAGCAAUGCUCUUCUUAUUGUAAUAGUAAAUGUUCCAGUCAUGUGCACUUCUUUUAUUGGCCUAAAUAAGUCAAAAGCAUGGGAGUUAAAUACAGGCAGAUGUAUAAAGGUUGUAUAUAGAUGCACACACAUGCAGUGGUUACUUUUAGAUUUUUUUAUCAUUAUUUGUAUGCCUUCUUACAGUUUUGGAGGGGGAGGGUGGGGCUUUUUGGAUAAAAUCACUAUAAAAAGUAGAUGUUCAUGUAAAGAGCCAAAUUUCAGUUUUUAUCUGCAGACAUCAGUGUUGCUUAUAGUUACAGUCACAUUUUGGUGAUGAAAUUGUCUACUUACUGACAUUUUGUGAUGCAGGAGAAGAUAAGCACUUAACUGAAGCAAGUGAGCAGCAUCCACUUGCAGAGGAGGGAGUGGAGAAACAGCUGCGAACUUCCUGUUUCUCUUGUAUGAUUUUAUAUCAGGUGAGAAAAUGCUAGACCAAGGAUUCAGCAAAGCACAGUAACUAUAAAAGCUGCACAUUUGAGCAUUGUUUGUAGAGAUAAAGAGGCAGCAAAAUCACUGCUGACAGAUAGGAAGAGAUCUGAAUUGUUGGUACUUAAAAUACCCUGUUGAAUCAGAAAGUGUGAUUCCAGUAUUCACUUUCACCUAUUAGCACAAGCAUUUUGUUUUAUUAUGCCUUAUAGCAUUAAUGUUAAGAGUCAGGAGCCCAUCCAAGUGGAUGAGUAUGGUCUAUUUUAUCCAGACCUUAAGUUCUUUACUCAUUUUACUGUAUUCAUGAGAUUUCUUCAUUAAUUCCAGCUCUUUGUGACCAGACAAGGCAACCAUAACAGUAUCUACAGUAUUGCACAGAGGAAGAAAGGAAGUGGAAGGUAUGGUCUGAUCAGAUAUCUUAGCACUUAGUUCUGUCGUAAAGGGCUGGUAGAACUCAGCUUCCCAUCAUUUGGAAACACUCUUGGUUCUUUCAUACUUUGGGCUGUGCAUUAAGUUCUCCAAAGAGUCCUUAACAGAAAUAAGUAAUGGCCUCUCCUCACUACUUAGAGAAUCACUCUGUUUGGUUUCAUUUCUGGUCUCUCUGUUCCAUGCUGUGGAAUACCAAGCACCAUUUGACAUCGUUAGCCUUGUGUCAUAGCUUCUGUAUCUGUGCCAUGUAGUGAUAGUACCUUCAGUUCUUCUAAGGGUCACAGAUGAGCUCUCUUUUUUAACCCUUUUCUCUAACAACAAAAUGCCUUGGCUGGCCUAAGGCAUAAAGACACAGGAUAAACUUAGAACUAUUGAUGGGUUGGUUUAUACUUCCUCUGUUUCUGCUGUGGAUAUUAACACAUAUCAGUACACACUUAGGCAAAUGCCCACUGAUGUGGGCAUUAACACACAUCAAUACACACUUAGGCAAAUGCCCACUGAUGUGGACAUUAACACACAUCAAUGCACACUUAGGCAAAUGCCCACUGAUGUGGACAUUAACACACAUCAAUACACACCUAGGCAAAUGCCCACUGAUGUGGACAUUAACACACAUCAAUGCACACUUAGGCAAAUGCCCACUGAUGUGGACAUUAACACACAUCAAUGCACACUUAGGCAAAUGCCCACUGAUGUGGACAUUAACACACAUCAAUACACACUUAGGCAAAUGCCCACUGAUGUGGACAUUAACACACAUCAGUGCACACUUAGGCAAAUGCCCACUGAUGUGGACAUUAACACACAUCAAUGCACACCUAGGCAAAUGCCCACUGAUGCGGGCAUUAACACACAUCAAUGCACACUUAGGCAAAUGCCCACUGAUGUGGACAUUAACACACAUCAAUGCACACUUAGGCAAAUGCCCACUGAUGCGGACAUUAACACACAUCAAUGCACACUUAGGCAAAUGCCCACUGAUGUGGGCAUUAACACACAUCAAUGCACACUUAGGCAAAUGCCCACUGAUGUGGGCAUUAACACACAUCAAUGCACACCUAGGCAAAUGCCCACUGAUGUGGGCAUUAACACACAUCAAUGCACACUUAGGCAAAUGCCCACUGAUGUGGCCAUUAACACACAUCAAUGCACACUUAGGCAAAUGCCCACUGAUGUGGACAUUAACACACAUCAAUACACACCUAGGCAAAUGUCCACUAAUAUGGACAUUAACACACAUCAAUACACACUUAGGCAAAUUCUAAUUGGGCUUUGAAAAUACACAAAAAUAUAUCAAACCCUGUUUGUAUUUGAUAUUUAGAUAUAUAGAUAUUAUUAAUGAUUUUAGAUGCUGAUGUAUCAGAGUAUAUAUUGAAUGCAAGUAUGUAGAGCUGACAUGGUGGAUUUUACACCCUGGAUCAUAGGAUGUUAGAGGUUGGAAGGAACCCAAAGAGAUCAUCCAGUCCAACCUCCCUGCCAGAGCAGGACAAUACAAUCUAACACAGAUCACACAGGAACACAUCCAGACAGGCCUUGGAAGUCUCCAGAGAAGGAGACUCCACAUCCUCUCUGGAGAGCCUGUUCCAGUGCUCUGUGACCCUCACAGUAAAGAAGUUCCCCCUUGCGUUGAGCUGGAACCUCUUUUGCUGCAACAAACCCUUUUUUGCUGGAAAAGCUCAGGAGUUUGGAGAAAUGCUGUGUGCAUUCCUUUAGUUUUGGAGGACAUCAUCAAUGCCUAAAGGUUUUGCCACUGUCUAGCCGUUUGCUUAAGCUGAGAGAAACUUCUCGCUAGCCUUUGUUGAGUAUGCUGUUUGCACUGACUGCACAUUACUGAAGUUUCAGGCACAUGCUGGUCUCAGGAAUAACGUAUUUGAGGACUGGUGAACGACCUUUUCAUAUCCUGAGUCUUGUCUUUCCAAACAAACGACCACUGUGGGUUGCCCGUGCAUGCAAACCGCGUUUGUGCGAUCUGGCGAAGCUUUAGGACUUCAACUUGUGCAAAAAAACGCUUUGGCUCGUUGCAGAUCUAACCUAUGACAACUUUUGCUCUAUGCAUGCACCCUUAGAGAGACUGCAUGAGCAAGUAGAUAUUUUGAAAUGCAAAAAGUUAGUCCAAAAUGUCUUCAUUUUUCCUAGCCAAAUUCCAUGUCUCAAUUCAGACAAAAGAAGUUUCCAUUUCAGAACCGUCCCAUCUUCAUCAUCCACAGCUCCUUUGGAAUCAGUUUUUUCAGUCUACAUUUGUGCCUAAUGUGAAUUCUGGGAACUCAAUAAAGGAGGGAGGGGGGAAAAGUUUUGCUUCAGUAGACAUCCCAAUGAGAGGGUCCUUCUUGGCUCUGUCUGCAGCGAUGCACUAAGAGCUCAGUGUUCACAACAGAGUUGCCCAAAGAGUGAGCACAGACUACCUGGUACCCUGCAACUCAGAUUCCUUACCAGAAAGACAGCAUAGUGCUCAGGCAUUUGGAAACAAGGCAAACCCCAUGGUGACUUCUUUUAUUCCACACUUUUUCCCCUUAUCCCUUCUUGUUGAAGCAUUACAGAGAAAAUUUAGAUGAACACUGAAGUUAAGACUGGUGAUGGCAAGGCUCAAAUUUCCAUAGCGAUGAUGGAGGUUAAGUGGAGUUUUGUCAGAUGUUUCUUCCUUCAUUAUUUCCAAACCACAUUGCCUGUUCUGUGCCCUUUGCCAACAGCAGCUUGUCUUAGAUUGUGUUCUGAGGAUCAGUUAGGCUCAGUUGUGUCCUCUGGAAGGCUCAAAAGAAAAGUGUUUGCAGGACUUAGUGAAAAUAGGUUAAUAGAUGUGUAACUUAAUGCAUAAAUUCAUACCUCUCCUGAGGUUUCCUUCGUGGAAGACUGUGCAGAAGGAAAAGCAUCUUGGGAAACACAGCUUUAGGAUGAGGGGAAAGCAGAGCUUUGGUGAUAUUUUAUUCUUAAUGUGCCAUUAAAAUGAGCAUUCUAACGUAAGUACUGCACAUCUGCUGGCUCCUUGCUGCAGCUUCUUCCACGGCAGACUCCAAGUGGAAGUGCUGCCAGAGAGAAUUCCUGGAGUCCAAGGCCAUUACCUGCAAGGGUCUGUCAUGAGACUUAGUAUCCUUUGCACUGUCACAGUUCAGUCAGGGGCAAAUUAGUAUAGACAUCUUUACAAAUAUCAUAUAGACUCAUAGAAGAGUUCAGGUUGGAAGGGACCUUAAAGAUCAUCUGGUUGCAACCCCACUGCCAUGGGCAGGGACACCUUCCACUAGAUCAGAUUGCUCAAGCCUUAAACACCUCCAGGGAGGGAGCAUUCAUGACCUCCCUGGGCUACCAGUUCCAGUGUCUCACCACCCACACUGUAAGGAAUAUCACUUAGUGAACUGAAAGUCAUCCAUGUCCAUAACUUGAAAAGAAGCAGUUUGGGUGUAAUUAGCUCCCAAGUGUUACAAAUUUUGAUUUCAAACUACCAGAAGUUAGAUAUUUUUUUUUAGGUACACUGGCAGUGGCCAUAUCAAAAAUAGUCAUUUUAUGCAAACAGCUAAAUAUGAAGGCAAUAAAAUCAAUGGAAAUUGAAUCACUUUUUUAAAUGAAGUGUUACAUGGGAGGAAAAAAAGGAGGGAAAUAAAAACAGUGGUAUCAGCAGUCACUUCCCAUGUACAGAGUACUUCCAGAAGCCUUUUGCAACCUCCUGAUGCUGCCUAUUUGGGGCUAAAGGUUGAAAUAAAUAUGCAGUCAGCCUGUCGUCAUAAUGUUUGUUUGGUGUUAGGGCUGGCCUUAUGAAUUCCAGCAGAAUUCCACCUUUAUAGACAGCCUGGUGGUUAUUUUCUUAGUUCCAAUGCAUACUUGGACUAAAAAGCAUGCAGUGACACUUUCUGAGAGUGCUCAAGUCAAUUUCAAACCUAAAUUCCCAUGGUGAAAAUCUCAGCAGCUUGUAACCAUGGUCAAGUCUUCUCAGACUCGACUUCAUGCUCACAAAGCUCAUGUUCUGCUGAGCUAAAACGCAGCAAGCCAGCAUGUGGAGGCUGAGGAUGAGCAAAGGGCUCUUCUUCACUUAAAGUUUCUUUUCUCCAGACUUCCCACAGGUUCUGCAAAAGAGGGGUUUGAAGAUUGAGCCUGAUAACAGCCCUCCUGAUCCUUUUUCUCCUCUGGCUCAUUCUUUGCUUGUCCUCAGUGGUUUAUUCAGUGAUGCCUUCUUGCUGAUGGUUCCAUUCCCAGGGCAGUUCAAUAACUGCAGAUAUUUCUUUUGCAGGCUGUCUCUGGGCAUCUCUAGCUGAGAAGCCAAAGCAGAAAGUGCACCAGUGCUGCUUUGUCUGGUGCUUUUUACGUGUUGGUUAUGCACUGAAAGGAGCAGUGCAAGGAAGCAUGAGGUGCAGCUGAUGUGUGUCCCUUUAGCUACCUUCCCAGGCACUGCAUUUUGCACUCCCUAGGUCCCUCCCUACAAGCAGCCACACAUCCCCAGUGCCCCACAUGCUCCUGGCAUUUUCCAGUGUAUAUAAUAGACUCAUACUGACAAUUUUUCUCUGAUGUUGACGUACCAGGAAUUGGUAUUGGCAUAACCAUUAUAGCACAGCAUGACCAUGACAGCACAAAGUUAGAAUGGCACAAGAAGAAACUGUAGAGAAAUCACUUCACUAUCCCAUGUUACACAGGGAACUAUUUUAAUCCAGGACUGGGAUUUAGUUUUGGAGUAUUAGUGGUGCAUUCCUUCCUGACUGCACUGGAAGUUGCUUUGUGUUAGUUCUGUUGGGUUCUAACUUUUGGCCAUAACUUCUGUAGUGUUCUCUGUAGUACAUUUUGAUUCUUAUUGCCAUGAGCUGGUUGUUGGAAUACUACUGGGUGAGAAAUUAGGAUUAGACCCAGCACAGUCUAAAGGUAAUGAGAUUCUGAACUGAGGAAAGGGUGAUUUUUCUCUGUUAAUAUUAAGGGGGGAAAUCAGAUCAGCUUUUUAUUUUGUGUUCUUUUUAGGUGACUCAGAGUUUUGUAUUGAAAAAAACCCCAAAUCUUCCAAGCUGUUGUCUCUGAUUUUUACCCUAGAGUAGUACCACUGAAAUUUCAGUUCUGUGAAGUAAUCUCAUGUAAAAUCUAACUGAAUAACAUAGCUCAAUCAGGUUUUUUUUUACUCUGAUAGUCCUGGCUACCUUGCAAUAUCAAGAUAGUAAGAGAUUUCUUAAAGUGUGUGUAUAUAUUUGAGACUUGUGUACUAUUUCAAUACAACUUGGUUUCUAAGUAAGGAGUAAGAAUAAAAUUGCAACUAUUUUUUCUAUUCAUAAAGGCACACUUUGUAAGUAACAUUUGAAACAGGAUUACAGCACCCCAGAGUGUUGCAGAGAAAUUGAGUUUCAUGCACUACAAGCUGCAAGUUCCUCUGGCCUGACAGCUUUUGGGUUCUUUUGUGGUUUAAGAUGACUUUUCCAAGCCCAGAACUAAAAGAAUUCACUGAGGACACAAAAGAUGUUGAUCUGAUAAACUGGUGUAAGACACUUUGGGCAUAAAUUUGUCUUGGAGAUGCUGUUUACUUUCUUGAGGUUUACAUGUACAAAUGCAACUACUUAACUGUAUCAUACACAUUUGAAUAUUGCUCUUUUUUUUUUUCCAGUAAUAAACUUGGAUAUCUUUGAAA